AGGGAGAGAGAGGCGUGGGGGAAUCCAGGUCAUCCUAGCAUCGCAGAGGUGCGUGUCUGAUGGACAGCCUUUAACUGCGGACUCAGAAUUUCCCCCUCUGUGUUGCGGAGAGCUUUUGAGUUCUGCGCGGACCGAGAGGGCAGAGAAAACUUGUUUGAAAAACAAACCGGAACUGGGUCUUCCGCUGAACGCGAUAACCGCUCGCGACACUCUCCCGUCUGCGCGUUCCUCCAGAUGUUUUGCGUCUCGCGGGGGAAUUAAUUGGUCUUUUAAAAAAGGAGAACGCGCUCUGUGGCAUGUCUGACUGAGCUCUUACACGGCUACCCGCUCGCGCUGAACCGAUUGACAUGGAAUUAAUUUAAUUGGUUGCUCACACCAACAGGAGGAGAAAAGAAGAAAGGGACGAAAGAAAGUGAGAGAGAACGUUCGGUAAAUGUUCGUUAGUGAGUCGAGUCGUUGAGUCCGGCGCGUGAGAAUGGAGUUGGUCGCGUUCCUGCCGCUGCUCUUUGUCAGGAUGAGUUUGUUUGCGCUCUGGAAUGCGAGCCCCUCGCGACAGACCCAGCGCGAGGAAUACAACAGCGAGAACGUGAUUGAUCUGCUGGAGGCGUUGAACGUGACCCGUGGGGGAGUAAGGGGCGUGUCAAAGGUCAAAGGGCCGGAGGCGGGGCUUGUGGCGUGGCGUUUCCGCUCGCGGACCCCCCACCUGAUGUUGCCACGGGAACACGCCCUCUACCUGCUAAGCUCCGCCCACGGCUCACUGGGCCUGCACCUGAUUGGCCAGCAGGCUCGUCAAACCACGGCAACGCUGCUGUCGCUGAUGUCACACGGGCAGACAUUGCUCCGCCUCGUCUCUUGCACACGCUCAAACACACUCCGCCUGGAGUACCCCACACACACACACACACACUCAGACACACACACACACACACACUCUCACUCAGACACACACACACACUCCCUGCUGCUGCCAGGGGGGUCUCCCUUCAGCGGCGGGGGCUGGGUGCAGCUGGCUCUGGGGCUGGAGGCCCAUAGGGUGGCCCUGUUCAUCAACUGCAGGGAGGAGGAGGUGGUGGAGCUGUCGCAGCCUGAUGAGGUCAUCAACCUGCGACUGCCAAUGGACCUGCAGGUGACCUUUGCCAGUGAUGCAGAGGAUCCCAACAGCAAGUUCAGCGGUUCCUGGCAGACUGCAGAGAUGUCCACCCGCGCGUAUCAGAGCCGUCCGUGGACCUGUCCCAAUCUAACAGAACCUCUCCCUCCUCCUACUCCAAGAAGUGAGAUGCUUCAGACUGAGGGGUCCAUAUCUCCCAUCAUGCUCUUGGAUGAAAGAGUGGGCGUGGCUAAUGACCAGCCCCAGCGAGUCGUCCUCGGGGCACCAGGAAGACGAGCGCAGUCUCCGACACACACAUCGGCAAACGCAGAAACACUCCCACAAACACUCCCACUCACACACACACACACACUCACACACACCAGCCACGGAGAGCGCAUCGGCCGCCUUGAGGAGCGGCUAGAUGGAGUUAACACCAUGCUGGAGAUGCUGAAGAACCAGAACGUGGAGCUGGCUGAGCGUGUGCGGUCCCUGGAGGAGUGUGAGUGUGUGAAGCGUGUGUGUGUGUGGGAAGAUGCUGAAGUCGAGUCUGGGAAGAGUUGGGAGACUGACACACACUCUCUGUGCACCUGCACCAACGGACAGGUUCACUGCUCCACUCCAUACGAGUGUGUGUAUGAUGGCAAAACCUACAGGGCUGGUGAGGAGUUUCAACCGGACAGUUGUUCCUCAUGUGUGUGCAAGAGUGGUCAGAUGAACUGCAUUAGGGUGAGCUGUUCUUCACUCUCCUGUCGAGACCAGUAUAUACCAGACAGGGAGUGCUGUCCUGUCUGUCGCUCAGGCUGUGAGUAUGAGGAGGUAUGGUAUGAGAACGGAGAUGUGUUUGUGUCGCCGGGCAACCCCUGUCUCAACUGUUCCUGCACUAAUAAUCUGGCGAAGUGUGUUCCCAUCCAAUGCUCUCGUCCUCGCUGUUCAAACCCUUUCCAACCCUUAGGAGAGUGUUGUCCUACCUGUACAGCCUGUGACCUGGAGGGCCGACCCGACAACAACACCAUAAUCAGCACGCUUGAUGGAUGCCAGACCUGCGCUUGCCAGAACGGGGCGGUGUCCUGUGACGUGAUCCAGCGCUGCACUCAGCGGUGUGUUGAUGAGGGUCUGUGUUGCGCUCAUCAGCCCGGUCUCGUCCUGCUGGAUGGAGUCGCCUUCCCAGACCCACGAGACAGCUGCAGGCGCUGCGUCUGCACGAAGGGGGACGUGGUGUGUGCAGGUGUGUCUUGCCCAACUCUGGACUGCUCUCUGGUAGAAACAGUUGGAGGAGCCUGCUGCCCACGAUGCAGAAGUUGUGUGUUGGAUGGUAUCUGGCAUGAGCAUGGUUCACAGUGGAAACAUCCAGACAACCCCUGCAGUGUGUGCACUUGUGCGGAGGGGCAAGUUCGCUGUGAGAGGCGUGACUGUAACCCCCCCUGCCCCUACCCGUCCAGUCCCCGCCCCGGAACAUGCUGCCCUGUCUGCAUUGGUUGUGGUGUAAAUGGACUGGAUUUCUUAAAUGGUGACCGUGUGCCAAGUGGAGAUCGAUGUGAGGAGUGUGUUUGUGCGAAUGGUGACCUGCGCUGUAAGCCCCUCCCCUGCCCUGCCACACCCUGUGCUCGUCCAAUCAAGCGGCCCAGAGAGUGUUGCCCACGUUGUGAGCAGUGUGAGUAUGAAUCACAGGUGUAUGCUGAUGGCCAGAGCUUUCCAUCCAGAACGGAUCCCUGUGUGAGCUGUCACUGCUCGGCAGGAGAGGUGGUAUGUGAUCGCUUGGACUCUCAGUGUCCUGAUGUCCGCUGCAGCCACCCAGCUAAACCACAUGGACACUGCUGUGCAUCCUGUGAGAUGUGUGAGUAUGAGCGGCAACUGUAUGCAGAUGGGGAGGUGUUUAAUCCACCAGGAAGUGGACCAUGUGCUCAGUGCACCUGCAAGAGAGGAAGUGUGAGAUGUCAUAAGCAGAGGUGUCCUCCUGUCCCUUGUGCUAAUCCCAUCAGGGACCCACAACUCUGCUGCCCUGUUUGCAAAGUGUGUUUACAGGACGGUGUGGAGCUGGAGGAGGGCUCUGAGUGGGAGAGGGACUGUAACAGGUGUGUGUGUCAGGACGGAGAGGUAGUGUGUCGCUCCGCACACUGCCCCCCAGUCACCUGCCAGCACCCCACCAAAAUGAACGGUGAUUGCUGUGUUUCGUGCGAGCGGUGCUCCUAUAAUAAUCGUAUCUAUGAGAACGGCCGAACAUUCACUGACCCUGAGGAUGCCUGUCACAGGUGCAUGUGCCAGGAUGGUACAGUGGAGUGCACAGUGAUUGACUGUCCCCGGCUCACCUGCUCGAACCCCUCUAAACCCCCGGGACAGUGCUGCCCUCGAUGCCAAGACUGUAAUUUCGAGAAGCGUGUGUUUGUGAACGGAGAGCAGUUCCCCAACCCUCUGCAGCCGUGUCAGGAGUGUGUGUGUGUGGACGGAGUGGUGGACUGUAAGACACACCAGUGCCCCACGCCAACCUGCCAUAACCCGCUACCAGCCUCCUGCUGCCAGAACAACUGCAAUGGUUGUAGUUAUGCAGGUAAAGAAUAUCCCAAUGGAGCUGAGUUCCCUCACCCAACAGACAAGUGCAGAACUUGCCACUGCAUAAAUGGCAAUGUUCGUUGUCUGAUGAAGAGAUGCCCAGCUCUUCACUGCAUCGAGCCUGUCAGUGUACCGGGAGAGUGCUGUCCCCAGUGUCCAGCACCUCCUGCUAACUGUGUGUACGUGGGUCAGACAUACAUGCACACCCAACGCUUCUACCACCCCACUGACAGCUGUCAGUCAUGUUCCUGCACCAAUGGGACGGUGAGCUGCGUGCGUAAGCCCUGCCCACCAGCCCUGUGUGUGCACCCCAUUCAGCAAGACUGCUGUCGCACGUGUGACGGCUGCAUGUAUGACGGGACAGAGCACCCAAACGGGGGGGUGUUUGCGGACGUGUCGGACCCGUGUGGGGUGUGUGUGUGUCGGGAGGGAACGGUGGCGUGUGAGAGGAAGAGGUGCCCUCUGGUCACCUGCCCCCACCCCAUACAGAGAGAGUGCUGUCAGAACUGCGACGGUUGUCUGUACGUUGGAGUGGAGUACCAGAGUGGCCAGGAGUUUCCGGCCCCGGCGUCCCGGUGCAGUGUGUGUGUGUGUGUGAACGGUCGAGUCACCUGUAGCCCUAAGCCAUGCUACAACCCUGGCUGCACACACCCAGUAACACUGCCAGGACACUGCUGUCCGGUGUGUGAUGGCUGUUUCUAUGACAACGCAGUGAUGUUGAAUGGGCAGGGGUUCCCAGAUGCAAGAGACUCCUGCUCUGAAUGCACCUGCCGGGCAGGCUCAGUGCAGUGUUUGAGGAGGGUGUGUCCUACAGCUCUAUGUCCCCACCCUGUUAGCGGCCCAUGUGACUGUCCCGUGUGUGAAGGCUGUGUGUUCCAAGGUGGGGUUUAUGCAGAUGGUCAGAGUUUUCCUGCCCCCAAAGCUGACUGUGACGUCUGCACAUGCUCAAGAGGCGGAGUGACCUGUGCUCCUCAAGUGUGUGCCAAGGUGUCGUGCCCUCACCCAGCGCUGGACCGAUGCUCGUGUGGAGUGUGUGAUGGUUGCCUGUUCCAUCAGCGUAACUGUGGCAACGGAGAACGCUUCCCGCAUCCUCAGGACCCCUGCCAGCGCUGCACAUGUCUGAAUGGCGGUGUGUCGUGUGUGUCACUCUCGUGUCCAGCGGUAGUGUGUGCCCAGCCGGUCACCCCGUCAGGAGAGUGCUGUCCCGCGUGCACAGGUGUGUGUGAGCACCUGGGACGAGUCCAUGACAGCAGGAGCACCUUCACACACCCCAACGACCGCUGCUCCACCUGUACAUGCCUAAAUGAAGUAGUAUCCUGUAAGAAGAAACCCUGUGGCAAGCAGUGCACACACUCUGUGGCCACGCGAGAUUGCUGUCCAGUGUGUGACGCGUGUGUGUAUGACGGCCGGGACUACACACACAAACAGAGCUUCACGCCCCGCGGGCGCCCGUGUGAGCGGUGUGUGUGUGUGAGCGGGAGUGUGACCUGCAGCCCUCGCUCCUGCCCCGUCCUCUCAUGCCCCAACACACACACACCACCUGGACACUGCUGCCCCGAGUGCAGAGUGUGUUCUCAGAAUGGGGUGAAGUACUCUGAGGGUCAGACGUGGAACCCUACAAGUGACCCGUGCCAGAAGUGCACGUGUGCCUUUGGUGAGGUUGUGUGUGUGGGUCCUCAGUGUCCUGCUCUGACCUGCACAAACCAGCUAACUGAUCCAGAUUCCUGCUGUCCUCACUGCAGAGGGUGUGUGUAUAAUGGCGUGGAGCACACAGAGGGCAGUGACUGGUUUGACUCGGGGUCCCCCUGCAUGUCCUGUAUGUGUGUGGAAGGGGUGACCACCUGCUCAGAGCUGCGCUGCCUCUCCCCCUGCACACACACCAUCAACGUCCCGGGAGAGUGCUGUCCAGUGUGUGCAGAUUGUAUUUAUGGCGACAAACUGUAUGGACCAGGAGACUCCUUCCACCCUGAAGAUGAUCCUUGCCAGAUCUGUGUUUGCGAGGUCAUGCCAGAUGGGGAGCAGCAUUUGCGUUGCAUCAGGAAACAGUGCCCCAGUCUGGUUGACUGUCCAAAGGAAAACAUCCUCUUCAGCUCUGAAUCAUGCUGCCCUGUGUGUGCACAACCCCUCAGUAACUGCACAGCGACGCUAAUUGGAAAUGAGGUUUUAGCUACAGACGAUCCCUGCUUCACAUGCCAGUGCAAGGACCUGACGUGGACGUGUAUCCAUCAGACGUGUGUUCCCCUCACCUGCCCCCCCCAUGAACAGUACACCCCCCCAGACUCCUGCUGCGCUGUCUGCGAUGAGUGCCUGAUUGAAGGAGGGAGGGAGAGAGUGCCCAACAGACACAGAUGGACAGACAGCACAAACGAGUGUAUCACCUGCACCUGCAAUCUGGGCUACAUCGAGUGUGAGAUAGAGGAGUGUGUCCCGCUGGUGUGUGACGACGGUUGGGUGCAGGUCAAACCACCAGGGAAAUGCUGCUACGAGUGCCAAGACUCUGGCGCGGCGUGUGAGUACCAGGGAGAGGUGUAUGUGAGUAAUGAGCACUGGGAGGAGGACGAGUGCACCAGCUGCACGUGUGUGUCAGGAGAGGUUCACUGCCAGACGGAGCGAUGCCCCCCAACCAACUGCGCAGCUGACGAGACCCCAGCUCUGAUCCCAGGUAUGUGCUGUCCCCACUGCCUGCCCCGUCCGGCCACCUGCAUCGCCUUCGGGGACCCCCACUACCGCAGCUUCGAUGGCAGGAUGGUCAACUUCCAGGGCUCCUGCACCUAUGUGCUGACCGAGGACUGCCAUGGGGGAGACUUCAGUAUUCACGUCACCAAUGAUGCACGUGGUCGUAAGGGCGUGUCCUGGACCAAAGAGGUGACCCUGUUCAUUGCUGACAUCACUGUUAGCCUACUGCAGAACUGGGUUGUCAUGGUGGACUCUGAGGUGGUGUCUCUGCCCUACCUGAAGGAGCCCUAUGUUUACAUCGAACGGAAAACCAACACCAUCCUCCUGAACACUAACAUCGGUCUGAAGGUUCAGUGGAACGGUCGCUCCCACCUGGAGGUGAGUGUCCCGGGGACGUACAAGAAGCGCACGUGUGGUCUGUGCGGAAACUUCAACAACUACCAGCAGGACGACCUCCGACUCCGCAGUGGGCAGACCACCUCCUCAGAGGCGGCCUUCGGCAACAACUGGAGGGUGGGCGGGGCCAACUCCAGCGCGUGUGUGUUGGAGGCUGAGGAUGUGAGCCCGUGCCGGUCUGCGGGUUAUUCCGCCCGCAAGUCCGCCAACGCUCGCUGUGCGGUUCUCAAGGGUUCCAUGUUUGAGCCGUGCCACAAGGUGGUUCCGCCCGAGAUGUUCUAUGCGGCGUGUGUGUACGACCUGUGCGCGUGCGGCGCCAACAGCGAGGAGUGUGUGUGUGACGCGCUCGAGGCCUACGCGUCAGAGUGCCGGGAGGCCGGGGUCAAACUGCAGUGGAGGUCAUCCUCACUGUGUGCGGUGGGCUGCCCGGUGGACCGCGGUUUCGUGUUUGACGAGUGUGGCCCUCCGUGCGCCGUGACGUGUGUGACGCGGGCGGUGCCCCUGGGCGUGAUCGAGGCCCGGUGCUUCAAGCCGUGCGUGCCAGGCUGCCAGUGCCCAGCGGGCAGAGUUCUCCAUGACAACCACUGCAUCCACCCCGACAAGUGCCCCAAAGUCAUACACAACACCACCUAACACACACACACACUCACUCACACACACACACACACACACACACACACACACACACAC